AUGACAACUGAAGCCUCAACCUCCGCGUUCAAUCGCACAGAUGUCAAGUUUGCCUCUGGCAACGAGCUGUGUGCCGCAUGGGUGUAUCGGCCCACUGCUCCACCCUUGGGCACUCGGUCCACCUCCUCGUCGGCUCGCUUUCCAGCAAUGAUCCUAGGCCACGGCCUAGGCGGAAUCAAAGAGAUGGGUCUUGACCGAUACGCUUCGCGCUUUGUCUCGCUCGGCAUCGUCUGUGUCGUAUUUGACUACCGACAUUUCGGCGAGAGUGGAGGAGAGCCACGCCAACUGCUCGACAUCAACCUGCAGCUGCAGGAUUGGGAUGCAGCUCUCAACUACACGUCCAAACUCGAAGACGUCGAUAGCGAGAGGAUUGGUAAUUUCGGUAGCAGCUUCGGCGGAGGACAUGUGAUCAGCGUUGCAGCAAACGAUAAGAGGGUCAAGGCGGUCAUCAGUCAAUGCCCUUUUACCUCAGGACUGCACUCGUCGCAGACGGUUGGGGUUCUUCCUUUGCUCAAGUUGGGGGUUCUUGGCUUGAAGGAUAUGCUGUUUUCCAGCAAAAACACAAUUGUACCUGUCAAACUCGCUGGCAAACCAGGUGAAACCGCUCUCAUGAACGCACCCGAUGUACAACAGUAUCGUAAGAUCGUCCCACCGCAUCUCGAGUCAAGCUACAAAGACUACGUUGCCGCCCGAUUUGCUCUGCACAUCGCUUUCUACAAUCCGGGCUGGAACACCGCCUCGGUCGCCUGUCCGAUUCUCUUUGCUGUGUGCGGCAAAGACUCGGUGGCUCCACCGCGUCCCACGCUCGAAUAUGCCAAAAACGCUCCCAAGGCGACCAUCAAGCACUACGAGCAAAUGGGUCACUUUGAUAUCUACCUUGGCGAGUUCUUUGAUCUUGCCACCAAGGAUUAUCUCGACUUUCUUCGUGACAAUCUGUGA